AUGGCUUUAGAGGAGGUUGAAGCAACUAAUGACAUUGAUGAGUCCUAUGAAGAUAAUUUACAAGAGGAGGUUGAAGGAAACAAUGACAUUGAAAAUUUUGAAGCAGAAUCUAGAGAAAGAAAGAAAUUAAGAGUCUUAAGCAAUGAAGAACGCAUGUCUAUUUAUCAUGAGCUACUACAAAAAAGCGUUGAUGGACAAUUACGUAAAGGAGCUACAAAUGAGGUGGCUUCAUCAAAUUCGGUUCCUAUAAGAACUGUUCAACGUAUUUGGAAAAGAGCAAAAGAAAGUGAAACGCGUGAUGUCUCUCAUAGGAAGAUAAAAAAUUGUGGAUGUAAGAGAAUUUCAAUUGAUGAGAAUCAAAUUCGUGAACUUCCUUUCAGUCAAAGAACAAACAUUCGAUCUUUAGCUUUUGGGUUGAAAACCAAUCUAACAUCGGUGUUCAGGCUUAUAAAAUCAGGGCUUAUACGUGUUUCCAGUGAUUUCUGGAUUAUGCCACGUUUAGAACAUGCAGGACAAUGCCUCUUUCGUCUUUCCACGUGUCCCAAAAUGCUCCAGCACAUAACUUUCAAACUUCGAAAGUCCCGCUUCCAUUUGAAUUUCAAAUGCUUUGGUACUUCUCCGUUUUGA